AUGGCGGCGGAAUCGUUGUUGUUCUUAUGUGUACUCCAGUUAUAUUUAGCCGGGUUUUUUUCGUUAUCACAUGAUCUGAUCCAUGAAUAUGACGAGAUGAUACGGCAUAUUCCACUAGAACCAUCGCAUAUCUUAAAAAGACGCUCUGUGGACCAGCCACUGCGAAUUUCGCUGGACUUUCUCAACAUCAGCAAUUUAGAAAAUCCCAGCAUGGUGAAGGAUAUUUUACAACAAGCGCAAAGCUAUUUUAGUAGAACGUUGAAAGUUCGAAAGACAACGACGAAUAUUCGUCUUCAAAGGAGUUGUCCUAACCAGCUUUUUUUCUCUAAAAACGCCGAUGGAAGUGGACCAGGGAGGGUCAGAUUUUGUCAAGAAUCAUGCAAUUCUUCUCGAAUAUUAUGCGGACCAAUUGAAAUUCCAGAACACGAUUUGGAUCAUUGUAGGGUUUGUGACAAGAAUGGCCAGAACUGUCGCAACGACACAAGACCUGAAUUCACUGCUGGAGAAGGACACAAGGACGCAGAUUUUAUUCUUUAUGUUACAGCAGUUACUCAUGGGAACUGUGUAAAAAGCUCAACGACUUUAGCGUAUGGUUCGGCUUGCCAACAAGAAAGUGGACUGGAUAGACCUGUAGCAGGAUUUAUCAACAUAUGCCCCAAAAGGGUGACUGCAAGUGAACUGAGAAGCAGCUACAGUGAGGUUUUGGCAACUGUCAAACAUGAAAUAUUCCAUGCUCUUGGAUUUGCACCAUCAUUGUUUGCAUUUUUCCGCAAUCAAAGUGGUGAGCCGCUGACUGCUCGUCGUUCUAAUGGACUUCCAAAAGAGUACGAUGAUGUCCUAAAACACUACAAGUGGAGUGAACAGACUGUCAGGAUGGUAACGAGAAACGACUGGUUAACAAGGUCUGGUACAAUGCAACACAAUGUUUAUAUGAUGGUCACACCGAGGGUGAAAGAAGAAGCACAGAGGCAUUUUAAUUGCUCAACUUUAGAAGGAGCUGAGCUUGAAAACCAAGGAGGUGAAGGUACAGCAUUAGCCCAUUGGGAAAAGCGCUUGUUUGAAAACGAAGCCAUGACGGGUGUUUUUACACAGAAUACCGUGUUUAGUCGAGUGACUCUGGCGUUAAUGGAAGAUACCGGCUGGUACCUUGUCAACUAUGAAAUGGCCGAUCCUUUACGCUGGGGAAGGAACUUGGGUUGUUUGUUUACUAAAAACAGCUGCGCUGCUUGGAUGAAAGCUCAGAAAACUGCUGGAAAGUCCAUAGCUCCAUUCUGUUCUAAAAUCAAGAAACAGGGUGACUCACGGACUGGAUGCUCCCUCGACAGAACAUCUGUUGCCUCAUGUAACUUAGUAGAAUAUGAACAAAAUCUUCCUACUGAAUUUCAGAAUUUUUUGCCCGGUUUUAUUCCGGGAAUUUCCGAAUCAGAAGACAGAUAUGGUGGGGCGGUAGUUUUAGCUGAUUAUUGUCCAUUUUACCAAAGUUUUACAUGGACACAGAAAGGAGAAGAGGUCAGAACAUCUUCUUGUAUAUCACAACACAACGCUUUACCGUAUGACCUGAAUUAUGCACUGGAAUUCUACGGCAAUAAAUCACGGUGCUUUGAACAACGAACAAAGUGGAUGAAAGAGAAAUGUAGUACACGGUACACGGCUGUGAAUCAUGGAAGCGGAUGCUAUAAAUUUCAUUGUGAAUCUGAUGCACUGAGGGUCGAAAUCACUGGUGGCUUUAAAUAUCCAUGUUUCCAUGAGGGCCAGGUUUUGGACAUUUCUGUGCAAGUCGACAGUUGGAGCUUUCAAGGAACCCUUGUUUGUCCAUCAUGCGAAGAAGUUUGUUCUGACAGUGGAUUUAUUUGCCCGGCAGAAAUAAAGCCUGCUCCAAAGAAUUCACAACCAGUAUCCAAAACAUCACCAGUGACUUGUUCUGAAUGUUCCAUAGUAAUACGACAGGUCUCACAUACCCAGUUGCUUUUAAUGAUUGUGUACACGGUUUUUAGGUAUGUUCUUGAAGCUUAGUUUUUUUUCUUGGAUUUUUUUGGAUUUGCUCCAUUUUAGAGAAAAACAUUUCCACCCUGACGGCUUUCAUUUUUCAAAUUUUGAGUUGUAACUGUUGUUAACCGUGAAACCGUUGGCUUUAUACCACUGAUUCAAUUGACUUUCCGUCAUCAACGAUUCAUUCCUCUAAUCCUGUAAUGUGAUUGGCCACUUUUAUUUACUACACAAACUAAUCGCACUGGCCAGUCAGAUAAAAGGACGAUGUAGUGAGGAGCCAAUCAGAACCCACGAUAAAAAUAAGCAAACCGCCAGAAGCGCGGGAAAACACCAGCGACCAAGUUACGAUUGGUUGUAGUUGUACAUUCACAGGAACUAUUCGAGAGGGUUGCGUCACUUUUAAACUCCAACCAACCACAGAGCAAACUAGAAAAAACAGCUUUGCAAGUUCCACUGAGUGACACUACAAUAGUCGCACCGUAAGAGUCUGAAAGAGAUAGGGCAAAAACAGUUUUCCGAUAGUGGUACAGGCCACAACGACGUACGCGCGUAGAAAUUAAUUACAUGUACCAUUCACUUAUGCCAGUAGCUUUUUUUGUACUGUUAAAGUGUAUCUCAGCUUAAUAUAGUAUAGGAGUAAUUUAUUCCUCAAAAAGGAAACUAGUAACAUAUCAUUUACUACCCUUUAAUUUUAGAAUUAUCAGAUUAUUUUGAAUAUCACGUUCUGAGUUACUUUUGCAAGCAAGAAUUUUUAUAAGCGUAAUUUAUUCUUCGGAAUAAUUAUUUUAAAUUGGCAAAUACUGGAUGAAUUGUAUUGCAAUGUAUAUAGCAAAUUAUUUAAAAUUUUAUUAUUUUACUUGAAUCCACGAGCACCUUUGUUUUAUUUGCGCAUGAGCCUGCAAGCUCGAAAAGUGCUCUGCAUGAAAAAAUAACCGUCCAAAUGAAUACUGUUAAAUAAAAAUUCGAUCAACAAAGCCAAUUAUACUCUUGCUGUUGAGAUAGGAAGGUUGGGAUGGCUGUGAUGAGUCACUAAGGACCUUAAGCACACCACGACGGCGACGGAAACGAGGACGUGGAAAAACAAAAGAUCUAAUUGGUAGAACAAUAGCUCAGCACGUGCAUUCUAAAACUUUGUACAUUUCUUAGCCGUCCUCUGCAAAACAACAACGUGAAAUCACCACAAUUUGCGUCGCCUGCGAACCGAAACCGCGACGGCAAAUUAUUUUAAUUUCCAUUUAGAACUCAGCGCUUCUAUUAAACGUUUUGCUGAAGUUGAGGUGUGGCUCCGUAUGGGACGGUAAACAAAUGCAGCUAUUUUUGAAAUUCUAAUUAAAGGUAGAAAUUCAUUUUUCAAUCGAAGUCUUCCUUGGCGUUGCCGUCCUGACUGCUUAAGGUCCCUAAUGAGUAACUGAAAGGAGAAUUCGUUGUGUUAUCUCAACAUUUCAUAGCAAUAGAGACGAUAAUGAU